UCCGAGAGCCCACCAAUCUCGUUUGGGCCCAGAAGCUUAAACCGCCAGAAAACCCUACUCCCCACUCCUCCUCCCGUCCGCCAUGGCCGCCGGCGACCGCCGCCUGCGGCUGGGCUCCUACCUCGGCGACGUCUCCGCGCUCUCCUUCCUCCCCUCCUCCCCGCGCCCCCUCCUCCUCGCCGGGACCGGGUCGGAGCUGCUCGUCUACGACCUGGAGGCCGCCAGGCUCGUCGCCUCCUUCCGGGUCUUCGACGGCGUGCGCGUCCACGGCAUCCAGCCCCGCGGCUCGCCCCCAGCCGACGGGCUCACCGUCGCCGUCUUCGGCGAGAGGAGGGUGAAGCUCCUCAGGCUCCGCGUCGACGCGGAGGAUGGCGGGGCGGUCGGCGUGCGGCUGGAGCUGGAGCAGAGGCUCCCCGGGUUCGACCACUGGGUGCUCGACGCUUGCUUCCUCGAGGUGGACGGGCUGCUCGCCAUCGGUUUGGGCGACAAUUCAGUGGCAUUGUGGGAUUUGAAGGACCGCGUGUUUGUUACCAGAGUGAAUUCUCCAGAGAAGUGCCUUCUUUAUUCAAUGAGAAUGUGGGGGGACUCUGUUCAAUCCCUCCUCGUAGCUUCUGGAACCAUUCUAAACGAGAUUCUUAUUUGGAAAUUGGUACCUGAAACCCGGAGUUCUUCCUUGUUAAGUUCGGACGAGUUGGGCGCCACUGGUGUAGAGAACCGUGAAAAACAACAUUCUAGUGGUAAUAAAUACAUGGCUGUUCAUAUUGGAAGGCUGAAGGAACAUGAAGGUUCAAUAUUUCGAAUAGCUUGGUCCUCUGAUGGAUCAAAGUUCAUGUCUGUCUCUGACGAUCGCAGUGCUCGCAUGUGGAUGUUAAGUUGUCAGCCACAGGAUCUUACCAAUCAAGCAGCCAAAAUUGAUGAUGUGGACAUUAUACCCAAACUGACACUUUUCGGACACAGUGCUAGAAUUUGGGAUUGUUGCAUAUCUGAUUCUAUAGUUAUAACUGCUGGCGAGGAUUGUACUUGCUGCAUUUGGGGCAUGGAUGGAAAGCUAAUCAAAACAUUCAAAGAACACAUUGGCCGAGGAUUAUGGCGAUGUUUAUAUGAUCCAAGCUCACUAGUUCUGAUCACCGCUGGGUUUGAUUCUGCAAUCAAAGUGCACCACCUAUGUAACUCCUCUUUUCAUGACAUAUUGGAAGAAAACGUGGCCCCAGAUGGUCUGAAAUACGAUUCUGAGGUGUUUGAAAUAUCUUCUCCUAUAGUAUCAGGACAGCAUGGUGCCUUGGAUAGCAAAAGCGAAUAUGUCCGAUGCUUACAUUUUGUGCAAGAAAAUGUUCUCUAUGUUGCCACAAACAAUGGAUAUCUGCAUCAUGCUGAGCUCUCUGAUACAAAAGAUCCAAGAUGGACUGAGGUUAUUCAGGUCACUGAGAAAGCACCAAUUAUAUGUAUGGAUGUAAUGACAGGGUGCUCAGACAUUUCUUUGGAUAAGGAGGAUAUAAUUGCCCUUGGAGACGGUCGUGGAAAUGUUACUAUCGUCCGUUUAAGCAGUCCCAGUCUUCUUGAACCUAAAAUGGAUUUAUCUUUCACCUGGCAAGCUGAAAAGGACAGGCAACUACUAGGACUGUACUGGUGCAAGUCACUUGAAUGUAGCCACAUUUUCACAGCUGAUCCUAGAGGCACUCUUAAGUUAUGGAACAUAAGAAAUGCCCUUUUCUCAAAUGGCCAUCCGAUUACUCAGGAGGUUUCACUUGUUGCAAUGUUUGAAUCUCCCUUUGGGGCUCGAAUCAUGUGUUUAGAUGUAUCACUUCAAGAUGAGAUCCUUAUAACAGGUGAUAAGAAGGGUAACAUCGCUGCCUUUCCUUUUCAUAAAACAUUGGCAGCACAUGACAGCAGUGAGGCACAACAGAAGAUACCUUUACGUGACCGUUUUAAAGGAGCUCAUGGCAUUUCUGGUGUCACAAGUGUUCAGAUAAUCACCUCAGCUUCAGAUCAUAUUGAAAUCCACACUACUGGGGGAGACGGCUGUAUUUGCUUCUUCAAGUAUGGGAGGAAUGUGAAAAACGUUGAAUUUGUUGGAAUGAGACAAUUGAAAGAAUUAGGCACCAUUCAAUCGAUCUACGCUAAUCAUACCUCUGUUAACCAAUUGGUUGGUACCUAUGCAAUAGGUUUCACCUCUGCGGACUUUAUCAUUUGGGACCUUGAAAAUGAUACAAAGCUAGUUCAAAUAUCCUGCGGAGGAUGGCGUCGCCCUUACUCUUAUUAUCUUGGGACAGUCCCUGAGUAUCAAAACUGUUUCGCCUUCGUAAAGGACCACAGUAUUCAUGUGCAUAGACACUGGGCACCAACUCAAGAUAGGAAGCUGCUUCCUCAAGUUUUUCAUACACAGUUCCAUGGAAGGGAAGUGCAUUCUCUUUGCUUCAUAGAUCCAGCAAGCUAUUCAAUUCCUCAGAAGAGUACGGAUUUGUGGAUUGCAACCGGGUGUGAAGAUGGAACAGUCCGGCUUACAGGGUACUCGGCUAGUAGUGCUGGAAGAUGGUGUUCAUCCAAGCUGCUGGGGGAGCAUGUUGGUGGGUCAGCUGUGAGAGAUACUUGUUUCAUCCCAAAGACUUACACAUUAGCAGAUAAAUCAUGCAACUCCAGUGUCAGUUCUGCCGACAUUUUGGUCGAAAACAAGGACACCACUUACAUAUUGAUAUCUGUUGGAUCAAAGCAAGUUCUGACGGCUUGGAUUCUAGAACCUAGGAUUGCAGAGAAGAAACAAGUGUGUUUGAGUGGUCUAGAUUUAGACACCAAGCAAAGCUCGGAAUGCUCACACAAUAGUGAUUCAGCCGUUACAUUUCAGUGGCUUUCUACCCACAUGCCACCAAAGCUUGCCACCAAUAGGUUGAAGGGUGAUCUUGUAAAACGGAAAUUCGAGGAAGGCGGGGAAGGAAAUUCCUCUGCUCAACCCAAUCUGGCUAUUAUGGAUCAGAUGGAAAAUGACUGGCGUUACCUUUCUGUUACAGCAUUUCUUUUGAAACAUCCGGCUACCGAGUUGACAGUUUGUUUUGUGGUUGUUGCUUGCUCUGAUGCAACAGUUAUUGUCCGUGCGCUUCUUUUGCCUUCUCGGCUAUGGUUUGAUGUUGCCUUGCUGGUCCCACAGGCAUCACCAGUUCUUGUGCUACGGCAUAUUGUCGUCGCCUCUGGUGCCCAUUGUGAAGGUGAUGUUUAUAAUGGCGAUAGGUACAUUAUCGUGAGUGGGUCUACAGAUGGUAGCAUCACAUUGUGGGACCUAACAGACACCAUUCAUGGUUUUAUGCAACUAGUAUCAGAGACUAAACCACACAUGGUUAUCGACUGCCAAAAGCGGCCCAAGACAGGAAGAGGGAGUCAGGGUGGUCGUCGUCGGUGGUAACCACUGGCAAACAGUUCUGUGAAAAAGGGUGACGAACAAGCAUUGCUCCCCAGUGAGAACAAUCUGAGUAGCUCGUGCGCUGCUGCAGAGAGUCCACAUGAAACUUCAGGAGCGGCAGAAAUCGAGGCCAUAAAAAACACCGAGGACACAGUUUCAAGUACCCAGUCAUGUGAUAUACCUGAGCUGCAGCCAUUGCAGAUGUUCUCCGGUGUUCACCAGUCAGGCGUCAACUGCCUCCAUGUUUCCGAGAUGGAGCAGCGAUCAAGCUCUGCACCUGGCAUGUCUUAUUGCAUCGUAAGUGGCGGUGAUGAUCAGGCGGUUCAGUGUUUUGUUUUUACACUAGGACCCCUGCCGGGCUGCUCAGCGAACACGGCAAGCCUAAGCUUGCCAUGUGACAAUGGCGAACUUAAAAUACUUGGCCAACACACGGUCCCCUCGGCCCAUGGUUCAGCAGUGAAAGGUAUCUGGACGGACGGCGCCUGGGCUUUCUCCACCGGGCUUGACCAGAGAAUCAGAUGUUGGAAGAUGGGCCCAUCCGGCAGAUUCACGGAGCAUUCCCAUGUCAUCAUCAGUGUGCCCGAGCCGGAAACUCUGGAUGUUUUCCAUUACCGUGGGAGCGGGAAAUACCACAUCGCCGUUGCAGGAAGAGGGAUGCAGAUGGUUGAGUUCUCGCCGCCUGAAGACGACUCGAUGAAGAUAGCGUGAGAACCGCCUGUUUUUUGGGAUUACUGCAGGCGGGAGUGUGCGGAGUCUGUUUUUUGGGGAUGAUUUGUAACUCCAUUUGAUGUGUAGCUCUUUUUGAGAGAGGGGAUGAAUUACAGACAGUCAGCGAUCUGGAAAUCUGGUGCCAUUGAAGCCUGGCUUGAUAUGAUUGAAUGGAAGAGAGAAACCUCAAGUCGUUUCUCAUCUGGAUCUACUCUCCACUUGACAACCAUCUGAAUCAAUUCCUGUCAAAUUUCCCUACAUUGCUAAACACAAAGGGUCUUUGCAGGAAUGUUCAAUACAAUACUGAAUGUUUUAACUAUUUCAUUCAAUGCCGGCAAGACAUUAAAAGUCACAUAAUC